AUGUACCUUGAUGGGGACCUAGUCCUUGACGAGGAUGACUAUGCCAACGAGAUUGACUUUGCGGAUGCUUACGAAGGGCUAGAAGAAGAGGACGACGAGGAAGAUGAGGAGGACGGAGAAGAAGGUGAAGCUGAGGAGGAGGAGGAGGAUGAGGAAGACGAGUUCCACGAUGCAGAGGGCGGCGAAGUCGAGGUCGUCCUAGAGCUCCACGGAGCCGAUGAGGACGACGAGGAAGGAGAGGACGAGGAACGUGGACACGCUGCACAGACGCUCCUGUUCCAGCGGCACCUCUUGAGCCUGGUGCGCGAUCCCCGCGGUGGCCUCCAGCAGCGACGGAUAUUAGACCUGCUUCGUAGGGCGAAUCUGGGUCAUCUGUUCGCCGACGAUGAGGAACUGCUCAACAGCCUGGAUGAUUCCAGGCGGAGGCCGAGGGAUCCGGAUAGGUUUCCCAAAGUGCCCAGCGAGAAGGGCCGCGAGCUGAUGAGCUCUGGCGUCUUCGGGAGGAGUGAAGUCUCUCGCCUCAGGACAAAGAAGCGUCUUGCUCGUCGGCUACUUGACCGUGAGCUUGGACUGGGCACCAAGUCGGCUCGACAAGUCAACCAGUCAGCUAUUGCUCAGUCCUUGAUUCCCAGCACAGAGGCAGAGUCGACCAUCUACUACCACUCGCCCGUGUACUCUGGGCAGUUUUCCGACGACGGCAACUUCUUCUACUCAUGCGUCAAAGACUUCAAGGUGCGCAUGUACGACACGUCAAACCCGUACAAAUGGAGGCAUUACAAAACGGUCGUAUAUCCCGGCGGCGCAUGGACCUUGACGGACGCAUCCCUCAGCCCGGACAACAAGUGGCUCGCAUACACUUCGAUCCAGAGUAACGUUUGCUUGGCGCCGACGGAUCCCAACGAUACUGGCGACCCGUACAAUCUGAACCUCGAUGAUGGUCGUAACACGAUAGGGCGUUGGGGUCGAGCAUUUGGCAUCUGGUCUGUCCGCUUUUCCGGAGACGGCCGGGAACUGGUCGCGGGUACCAACAACAACUCCAUCAUUGUCUUUGACAUUGAGUCUCGGCGAGUCUUGCACCAAGUCAGAGGCCACACCGACGACGUCAACGCCGUGUGCUUUGCGGACAAAUCGUCACCGCACAUUCUCUACUCUGGCAGCGACGACUCCCUGAUCAAAGUAUGGGACAGGCGUAGCAUGGGUGACGGACGGGAAGCCGGAGCAUUUGUCGGCCACAUCGAAGGCCUGACCUACCUAGACAGCAAGGGUGACGGCCGCUACAUCCUCAGCAACGGCAAGGACCAGAGCAUGAAGCUGUGGGAUCUCAAGAUGAUGUACUCGACGGCACAAUUUGCCGAGCUCAACCCUCACCAGCACACCGCUGGGGCGGGCACAUUCGACUACCGAUGGGGCCCAUACGACGACCGGGACUGGUUCCCGCACCCCAACGACAACUCCGUCGUCACAUAUCGUGGCCACAGUGUCCUGCAGACGCUGAUCCGCUGUCAUUUCUCGCCGCCAGGCAGCACAGACUCACGCUAUGUUUACACGGGCAGCCACGACGGCAAGGUUUGGAUCUACAACAUGGACGCGACCGUUGCGGGAGUGAUUGACGUCAAGAAAACCAGCAUGAACGAGCAUGCGCUACCGCCGGUCUACGACCGGGUCCAUGCUCGGCGAGGGUUCCGCGGGUGGACGACAUGUGUAAGAGAUGUGGCGUGGCAUCCUAAUGCUCCCUUUAUCGCAGCAUCCGCGAUCAAUGGGUGGGAGCAUGAACUCGGCACGGUGACUCUCCAUUCAUACAACGAGAAUAAGAUCGACGAGGGCGAGCCACGGAUGGGGACAUCAUACGAUGACAAAAUGCGGCCUGUCAGGUCGGCCGCUGGCCAGAACGACAGCGAGUCUGAUGACGACGACUAUGUGCCUGAGGAAGAAGAGUCGGAUGACGAUAUUGGCUGGUAG